AUGCUGCUAUAUAGAAUCGCCUCAAUAAGUGGGAAAUCAUAUCAUGCUGAAGAGCAAGAAAGGGUCUUCAAUGCUGUGACCAACAUCACCCAAUCCACAUCCUCAAAACAACCAGGGCAUAUUAUUGGGAAUGUUUUUCUUUGCAUCCAAGCUGAAAAGAAACUGGGUUCAUACCAUUCAGAUAAUUCUGUCACCAAGCAGCAAGCUCACAUUUCAAAAUUGGCUAAGUCUCUUCCUCCUCUUGGCAAUACAGUUGUUCCCUUUUUCACCUUAGCAAGCUCAAGUUCAUCUUGGCAAGCUGAUUUAGAGAGAAUAAGUGACUUUCUCAUAGUUGGCAAUGAAGAAGAUGUGGAAUUUUUUGGCAAGAACACUGGAGUUGAUGUAAGAUCUGAAGGUCCAAAGCUUCAUCAUUUUUGCUCAAGUAACUUCAAGGAGGAAGAGGCUUAUCUUACUAAGUGUUGGUCUAUGUGCCUAGAAGCAAAAAUCCCCUUACCUCUUCAUGUGUUGAGAGUGAAAGAUCAGAACAAAGACAUCCUCAUUCGAAACCAGACAGACUUCCUGAAGAAUGCUGAUCCUAUCAAUAUCACAUCAGUCGAGGUUUCAGAUGAAGAGGCAGCAAUGUCAUGUGAACAUGAUCAAUUUGGAAGUGAGUGCACACAAGAUAUACCCUGAGGAAGAUCAUGGUGUUGGCCCUAAUGCCAGUAUUCAAGACAUCCCAGACAGCGACAACACACAUUAUAACCUAAUAUCACCGCCAGACAAAAACUUAGAAGAACCAAUGGAUGUUGACACCUUGCUGGGAAAUACAGCUACAACAGGUGCGUAGUAUGAAAUAAGACUUUAAGAGUAUGAAUAUAGAAACGUUGAUCUAACAUUAACUCAUUGCCACUUGGUAUAUGGUAUAUACAUAUAUACACACACACACACACACACACACACACACACACACACACACACACACACACACACACUCCUAUUUAGAGUCCCAAUUUGUAGCUUGAAUAUUUUAGUAAUAGUAAUCUGGUGUAUUUUUUUUCUCCAUAUUGUAGCAAAAGAGAAUGUGCAACUCAUCAAUGACCAAAAUGAUGCCCAAGUCGACCAGAGUUUGGCUAGUGCUCUGAAAGAACAACAAUGGAAAACUACAUUGGGUUCAACAAUGGCACAUAUCCUAGGAAGCACUAAAGAAGUUAUUGAAUUUGACCAAGUGAGAGAGGUAGCAAAGAACUAUUGUCACGGUAAGUUAUUCCUUGACAGUUACAUGAAUAAACUUGCAGUUCUGCAGACAAGAAUGUCUCAGAAAAAACAGGAGUUGGACAAGGAGGUUGAAGAUUGGGAAAAGAACUAUUUCAUGCAUUCAAAAUCAUAA